AUGACCAUCACGCUCUUUGCACUUCUCUCUAUUGUGUCCAUUGUACACGCCAGUACGGCAGAUUCUUCUCUUUUCCCAACCUCUAUUCCUUAUCCUGACGAUCAAAAUAUUGCAAACCUCAAACCUUACUCUCAAUCUUAUUACGUUACUAAUUUUGUGUUGGAUAAUUCGUAUUCAGAUUUGUGCAAGAUGAAUACUUCCUUCUUCGGUCAGAUUGGAAAUUCUUCUUCUUUCAACAAUAGCACUACUGGAAAUCCAUGUGUCGAUUACUUUUGUGAAUGCUCCAUAGAUCCUCGAGUGUGUUUCAAUUUGACUCAUUCCCUCAUCUUCAACGCCAAUCAAACCUUUCGAAGCGAUUAUUUUAUCAUGAUGAAUUAUUGUCUUUCUUGCAAUUCAGAGGAUGCACAUGCAUUCCGAAAGUACAUGAGUGGUGGUGAAUUCACUUCUUCUCAAAUCAAUCAACAUUCAAAAUGUUCACAACGAUUUCCAAGUUUGGAACGAAUUCAAAGAUCCAUGUUGAAACAUUGCAAUCAUGGACUUUUGGAUGACACCAUUCUGAAUUCUAUUCUCUUCGCUUCCUUAUCGGCCUAUGCUAACAAUAACAAGACCAACAACACUUCCAAUAAUAGUAAUAUUAACAAUAAUCAGACCCUCAUACCCAUCGAUCCAUCCAAUGACAAGGUGAACAUUGGAAUUGUGGAUUGGAGAUUCUUUCAACCCGAUCUCUAUCAUUCGAACAAGUAUUUGAAAAAUUAUUCUUCCAAUAUCGAAGACAACACGUUGCAUCUCUUUGAGAGUUUAUUCCUCUCCGAAACUGUGAAUCCACUCAUGUGUUGGUGUCGGAAUCAAAAUGGACCGAAAUUUGCAUUCCAAUGUGGAGAUGCCUAUCAACUCUUUUUCAUUCCCUUCAAAUACUUUGGAACUCCCUUUAUCAUUAUUGUACUCAUGUUGUCCGCACUUAUAAUUUCUGUUUUUUACAAUACCAUUCCUUUCGUGGUAACGAAAAGAAGGAAAAUUUCUCAUCAAUGGAAACAGGAAAUUGCAUUGCGAGCAUCUUCGAAAUGGUAUCUAAUUAUUUUGGGAAAAAUUAUGUUUCAUCAAUUGUUCUUGACAGAUUUGAGAUCAGCCAUUCUAUUCUUUCAAACUUGUACCGGUGUAUUCAUGAUUGUGGAGAAUAUCAUUGGUUUUGUGUGGAAUUUCAAAUUUUGGAACUCUCAAUUUGAAAAUAAUGAACUGUAUGGAUGUUUUAGAGCUCUUUCAAUAUUUUCCAUGUCCCUGACAUUUACAACAGUGUUGGUGCAUUGGUCGCAUGUGGUCGAUUUGAUCAGUAGUACUUCCCACAUGUCAAAUCCAAAGAGACAUCUCUCACGAAAGAACAUCCUAUUACUUGUUUCGAUCUAUUUGUUUAAUAUUAUGGUUAUUUUGAUAGGAUCUGUGGUUUCUGGAGUGCUGAAAAGGAGUACUCCUCUCUUUGCAUGUGCGGCAGCAUCCAUGAUUUUAUUGCCUUCUGCUUUGAUUGUGGCAUUUACUAUUUAUAGUUUUCGAAUUUAUUUUCGAUUGAAAAGAACCCAAACCAAUUUUGUAGAAUUGAGAUUUACGAGAUUUAUUAUUAUUUUAAAUAUUGGUCUAGCAACAGCAUUUGUUUUGGCAUGUGUGUUCAUUCCAACAUUUAUUGCUCGAUGGGACAUUUUGUUCAUGGCCCUCAUCACGUAUGCUCUUUGCCAUGAAGAAGAAUUCAAACAAUGUUAUGGAGUGAGCAUGACAAGAAUAUUCCUUUGUGUCCACGAUUACUCCAAUGAUCAUUCGGAUCAUUCGGUGAAAAUUGAACAACGAUUCACUUCACCUCGAAAACAGGUUCUUCAUGAUCCAACAGUCACCACCACUAUGACGUCCCAUCCACAUUCAGCAAUCUCGGGAGAGGUUCGAGAAGAGAAUGCCGCCCGAGAUUCUCUCCGUAGUUGCACUGCUGAUUUGGUGUCACCUGUGAAAUCUAUUGCCAUUUCAGAGAAUUUAGACUCGAGUCAAAGGAGUGAGAAAGUUCAAGGUUCGUCUAUUUAA